GUGUUCCCGGGUGUGUAUCUUGUGUGUUUCCAGCGAUAUCACGACAGUUUAGGGGCAUAUAUACUAUUGACCAUGGCGUCACAAGAUCCUCGCGUCCUCCUCCAAAAAGCAGAUAAAACACUCCAGGGCGCUUCAGGUGGCUUCUCCUUCUUUGGCGGAAGAACAGAAAAAUAUGAGAAUGCUGCAGAUUUAUACACACAAGCUGCAAAUGCAUUUCGAGUACAAAAGCUGAAUAAGGAAGCCGGAAUGGCCUUUGAAAAAGCGGCAGCUGUUUACACCACCAACCUCAACGAGCCCGACGACGCGGCCAAUGCUUUAACCGAAGCAUUCAAGGUCUACAGGAAGACCGAUCCCGAAGAUGCAGCUCGCGUUUUGCAGAGCGCUAUUUCGCACUAUAUAUCAAAAGGAAACUUCAGACGGGCGGCGACGCAUCAACAAAAUUUGGCUGAGGUAUACGAGGUCGAGAUCGGUGAUGAAACAAGAGCCAUGGAGGCGUAUGAGAAGGCGGCUGAGUGGUUUGAGGGUGACAAUGCUGAAGCGCUCGCAAACAAGCACUUUCUCAAGGUGGCAGAUCUCGCUGCACUAAAGGGAGAUUACUACAAGGCAAUUGAGAAUUUUGAAAAAGUCGCCAAGUCAUCCAUAAACAACCAUCUCAUGAAGUGGUCUGUAAAAGACUACUUUCUCAAGGCCGGAAUGUGCCACCUUGCUACAAAGGAUCUCGUUGCAACCAACCGCGCUCUCCAAUCUUACGUAGACCUGGACAAUACGUUCCUUUCUACCCGCGAAUACCAACUGCUCGCAGACUUAACGCAAGCCGUGGAGCAAGGUGACCAGGAAGCGUUUAGUGAUAAGUUAUUCCAGUACGAUCAGCUGAGCAAGUUGGAUAAAUGGAAGACGGCGAUAUUUUUGCGGGUUAAGGAUAAUAUUGAGGAGACUGGGGAGGAUUUCUCAUGAGAAUUUUUCGAAAAGAAAUGUUUUAUACCCUGCCGUUCUUUACUUCAAACCAUCCUCCUUGGAAUCGGGUAGGCUUUUGACAAUGAUGGCUUUCUAUUGUCGGCUAA